AUGUUUACCAACACACAGAUGAUAAUGAAUCAAGCAAGUUGCAAGGUGGAUGAAGCUGCCACAAGGGCGAUGACUGGUCAACUAGUAUUCGAGCUCAUGGAGAAAGAAUAUCAUUACAUCAAAGAUGUUCUGCUUCUGACCAUGAUUGGUGCUUGUGGAGAUGCUGGUGGAGACGAGAAGCGAGGUCAUCUCCUCUUCCUACAAAAAUACCCAUGGAUGCUUGUUAUGGACUACUGGAGUCAUCAGAUAAAUCUCAUUUUGGGCAACUACUACAAGGCCAAUGGAGAUAUCAGUGCUGUUGUUGACAAUGCCAAUUAA